AUGGGCUGCACGCUGAGCGCCGAAGACAAGGCGGCCGCGGAGAGGAGCAAGAUGAUCGACCGCAACCUGCGCGAGGACGGCGAGAAGGCCGCCCGGGAAGUCAAGCUGCUCCUCCUGGGAGCUGGUGAGUCUGGAAAAAGCACAAUUGUUAAACAAAUGAAGAUUAUCCAUGAAGCUGGCUAUUCAGAAGAAGAAUGUAAACAGUAUAAAGCUGUUGUCUACAGUAAUACAAUCCAAUCUAUUAUUGCUAUCAUUAGAGCAAUGGGGCGAUUAAAGAUAGAUUUUGGGGACUCUGCCAGGGCUGAUGACGCCAGGCAACUCUUUGCUCUCGCUGGAGCAGCAGAGGAAGGUUUUAUGACAGCAGAACUUGCUGGCGUUAUCAAGAGAUUGUGGAAAGACUGUGGUGUUCAAGCUUCUUUUAACAGAUCCAGAGAAUAUCAGCUCAAUGACUCUGCAGCAUACUACUUAAACGACUUGGACAGGAUAGCUCAAACAAGCUACAUCCCAACACAGCAGGAUGUUCUCAGGACUCGAGUAAAAACUACAGGAAUUGUGGAAACCCACUUUACUUUCAAAGACCUCCAUUUUAAGAUGUUUGAUGUUGGAGGUCAGCGAUCAGAGCGGAAGAAAUGGAUUCAUUGUUUUGAGGGAGUCACAGCCAUAAUUUUUUGUGUGGCUCUGAGUGAUUAUGACUUGGUCCUGGCUGAAGAUGAGGAAAUGAAUAGGAUGCAUGAGAGCAUGAAAUUGUUUGACAGCAUCUGCAACAAUAAAUGGUUUACAGACACAUCUAUUAUCCUUUUCUUAAAUAAGAAGGAUCUCUUUGAAGAAAAAAUCAAAAGGAGUCCUCUCACAAUUUGUUACCCAGAAUAUACAGGAUCGAAUACAUAUGAAGAGGCAGCUGCAUAUAUUCAAUGUCAAUUUGAGGACCUAAACAAGAGAAAAGAUACGAAGGAAAUUUAUACUCAUUUCACAUGUGCCACAGAUACGAAAAAUGUGCAAUUUGUCUUUGAUGCUGUCACUGAUGUCAUCAUAAAGAAUAACCUAAAAGACUGUGGAUUAUUCUAAAAAAGUACAUGAAAUUACUUUCUUUUUUGUUUCUUCCUCUUCUCAUUCUCAUUGAGCAAAUCUUUUUUAAAAGGCCAUGAAUAUUUGUGUUUUUAUUUAUGCAUUCUAAUCCUGGUUUUGAAUUAGGUUGAAGAACUGAUUCAUGAAUUUACUGGCUUCAAUACAGUAUCUAAUAGUUUGAGAUAUUUUAUUUAUGUUUCUUAAAUAAUGUUUGGCAACAAUCAAACCACUUUGAUUGUUUACUUCUGACAGUAUCUGUUUAUAUAAACACUGAACAGAAUAUUUUAAUAACUUAAUACUCCCUGCAGGGUAUCCAUGUUUUAAGAACUGCUUGCAAUUGGGACUCAAAAAUUCUUUUGUCUUUUUCUUUGUUUAAACAAACCCCUUUAUGAAAUCUUAUUUUCUAUGAUAUAUAUGUUGCCUUAUUUUCCCCCUUAAAUUUUAUUUAUAAAAUGAAAGAUCCUUUAUAUCUACUCAGGAUUAAAUGGGAUAUAACCCAGCCAUUUCCCCAUAAUUAGUCCCCCCCCCCAAAAAAAAAUUACAGCAGACAAACUGUUCUGCCACCAUGUGUUCUUUCUGUCCUAAAAAUGCAGCGUUUAAAAGCUGAUGAGAACUAUGGCUGUGAUCCAGCAUGUAGAAGCAAGGUAUUUUUAUAUAGGGGAAAAUGUAUGAGCACAUGCCCCUUACAUUCUUGACUUCUGUCUGCCUUUGCUGGUAGCAUAACACUGGAGUCCCAUGCAUGUAUGCAUCAUAGUUCUUCAGCAUGUCGUAGUCAUUUUGUAAGUUUAUAACCAUCUCUGACGAGAGAUUUGCAAAAAGGAAAGGGCUUAGCAUUGAAACCAAGGAGGAUGCUUCAAACUUCUUGCAAUGGUACAACUGCAGGAUUUCCAAAAGGCCCAUGAGCAUGUACACUUUCAUGCACGUAAGGAUAGGUGGUUGACUCUCUCCCCACCCCCUCUUUCUGGCAGCUCCUCAUGUGGGCCUGUUGCUUGAAGUGGGAAGCAGAAUAGUCCUGCAUUCUUGGGAACAUUACCUACUAUGUUCCUCCUGAAAGGGCGAACUGCCUUCUGAGAGUGGCUUGUCUCUCUAGAGAGGAGAGCUGCUGUAGGAGAAAUAAAACUUCCAAAGAAGGUUCCAGUUUGAAUCUCCUGUGGCUGAUUGAUAUGUAAAAUAUUGCUUUGAAUUAUAGCCAUAUUGUUUAUUGCCUUAUAGGUAAUGCCAGUAAAGAGUUUUUGAUGCUUAUAAACAUGAAAUGAUGAGGGGGUUUGUAAAUAAGUUUUAGAUCGAUUUCGCACUCACUUUACGCCACUCUCACAUUCAUCUUCUCAGCAUGGCUUCCUUCCAGUUUCACACUAUCUGCCCUGGGGCUGCAGCAAGCAUCGCUGUUUUUGCACAGCAAACAGACAUGGUUAAAAACCAGUUUCUGUUUGCUGCGCGAAAACACCGAUGCUUGUUGCAACCGCGGGGCAGAUAGUGUGAAAUCGGAAGGAAGCCGCACUGAGAAGAUGAAUGUGAGAGCGGCAUAAGGUGAAGGUGUCCUGUCCGCUAAAAGAUGAACAUCUGCUAUUUUGAUGUAUUCCUUUAUGUAGGUACGUUGGAAGGCUUUCCUACGUGACAUGUUUUAUCAAUAUCUUUCAACCAAACCAUAUAUUACUUUUUUCACUUGUUCCCCACAGCUACACAGCAGAUGCAGGGAAACAAAAAGCACAAACAGGGUUUGUGAGGCAUGCACAAAAGAGGGAGGAGGGACUCUUGCUUCUCUGGUGGUCCCAGUGUCAAGCAUCAGUAUUUCGAAUAAAAAGCAGCUGUUUGAUACAAA